AUGUCGCUGCCAGUGGAAGUCAAGAUCACAGAGGCCCUCAGGUUCUACACAAGCGGAUCCUUCCAGGCAGGAUCAGGUUACAAAGGUGACUCUGCAGAAGAAAUUGACCUCACUGUGGUUUAUCAGGCAGCAUCCAAUGGAGAUGUCAACACCCUGACUGCAGUGAUUCGUGAGGAUCCUUCCAUAUUGGAAUGUUGUGAUAGUGAGGGAUCAACUCCGUUGAUGCAUGCAAUAUCUGGUCGCCAGCUCGAUACAGUCAAGCUUCUCCUUAAGAUGGGGGCUUCCAUUAAUACUGAAGAUGCCUCUGGAAGAACUGCACUAUCUCUGGCUACCUACUUGGGUUGGCUAGAUGGCUGUGUAACACUCAUACGAAAUGGUGCCAAGCAAAAUAUCCCAGAUAAAAAUGGAAGACUACCCCUUCAUGCAGCUACUGCUGAAGACAAUGUCAGACUGCUAGUUGUACUGUUGCAGCAAACUACAAUGUGUGAGAUAAAUCAGCAAGACAAUGAGGGUAUGACCCCACUUCAUUGGGCUGCUUUUCAUAACCGGCCACAGCACGUCCAGGCCUUACUACAGAAAGGAGCUGACCCAACAUUAGUUGACAAAAACUUUAAAACAGCCCUUCACUGGGCAGUGCAGAGUGGGAAUAGAGCCAUGACUUCUAUCUUUCUGGAUCAUCAUCUGAGCCCAUCUAUAAUAAACUACGAUGAUGAAAAUGGAAAGACAAGUGUGCACAUAGCAGCAGCAGCUGGAUACAGUGAUAUCAUCUAUGAUCUGGCAAGAAUUCCAGAAUGCAACCUGCAACCACUUGAUGUGGACGACAGGACACCACUUCAUUGGGCUGCUGCUGCAGGGAAAGCAGAUUGUGUGCAAUCUUUGAUACAGCUGGGGGUGGACAGCAGUCCAAGGGACAUCAAUGAAAAUACUCCUCUGACAUAUGCAAUGUACUGUGGGCACACAGCAUGUAUCAAGCUGUUCUCACAAGAAAAUAGACAGCAACCUUUUCAAAACAGCAAGAAGAAAGAGGGGCGCUUCAGUGUAUUGAACCAGAUAUUCUCCUGUAAAAAGAAAAAGGAUGAGAAAAAGAGCACGUGGAGAGUUAAAAACAAGGAAAGAUACCUAAGAGAUGAAACUUCCGAAGUCGAUGACAUUAUAACAAUCUUUGAUUGCAUCAUGGAUCCCAACAAUAGUGACGUCCUGGAAGAAUGGACUGAGGAGAGCAGGCUGAGAAAAACAACUGCAGAGCUAGCAAAUCAGAAAUGGCAGUCAUCAGACAAAAAACAAAAAGUAUAUAAAAGUCUUCCCCCAAUACGGACACAGAGCCUCACCCCAUUAACUCUUAGCAAUCCUCUGUUUUUAAAUUCUCCUUGCACAGUUCAAAGCACAGACAAUAAGUCAAGCACACACCACUUUGCGCACAGGUCUCAAAAAAGCCGCAGUGAACAUGACUUGUUUGAGAACAGGACCAGCUCUCAACAACUUUUGGAUAGUCCGUGGACCAAAGACACCAAUCACGUUUUGUCCUAUAAAGCAUGGACUGCUCCUGCUUCAUCAAAGCUAUUGGAGGUUUUUCUGCAAGAAAGAGCCAAACACAUGGAACUCUCACAACAUCCUCAACUGCCCUGCUUACACAACUACCCGCAAGAAGUAAAUAUGCAGCAAGAACCCCUUGAGAAAAUGAAAAUAAAAGAUUCAAUUCCAGCACAGUCCUUCCUAGCUCCAAUUGCUGACUAUUGUGCUAGUAAACGUAAUCUGCCAUCUGACAGCAAGUCUCAGAAUAUGAAAAAAUUCAGAUCUCUUCCUCAGGCUUCUGUAAGGACUACUGCAGUGAAUCUCCCGCCAAAACUUCCAUCCCGACUGCAAAGGGAAGGGCUUGCCCAAAGCCAAUCAUUUCUGCCAGUUAUGUCAAGCGAAUCCCUGAGAACCAAUCGUGUACUCCCUGCUAUUCCAUCUCAGAAGAAAGUGAGAUUCUCUUCUCCACCAAAAGACCACCUUGGGAACUGGACGAUCACUGCAAGUCUUGGGUAUCUACAGCAGCAGAGCAGGUUGUGUACAGAGCAAAAGAGAAACAAAUUGGUGCAAAGUAGAAGAGAUGCUGCUAUCAAGCCAAAAAGACAAAUGAAUAACGUGGAAUAUGGAUUUCAGUGUCAGAGCGAUGCCAGGUUUGAGAUGGAUGCCCUGGACCAGGAAUGCAAGCGAGGAGCAAGGUCCACAGGUCUCAGAGAGGCAGGGUUCUUGGAAGACGGUUCUGAAACGGAGGGGGAAAACCUGAGUCCUGUCACAGUCCCGGGACCAUCAGAAGAAACUGAUACGAUGGGCAGCAUCGUCACAUCUUACAAGUACACCGUCUAUCAGCACACUGGUGGGACCUUACGUAUCCUUAGAUGGGUGGCAACGGGUGAUGAGCAUCUGUGCAGAAGAAUGUGA